AUGGACAAAGGGAUGGGAUCAUUUGAGGGUUGUUCCAUUGACUGCGACACGGUGAAUUCCAACAUCUCGAUCGCGAACGCCCAUUUCCCAGUCAUCGAGAUUGAGCAAAAUGCCACCAAGAGUGAGAGAGAUUGGACCGCCGCCAUCCGAUCUGGAUGGGAUGGGGUUUUGGUUGGCAUCUGGAAGUGUGCGGCGCCAUCGAAAAAAAGAAAAAGAAAGAAGGAACACCCGGAAAAGCUAGUUGGGGGUUCUUUCCCAGCGCAGCGAGUGCCUCGCCAGGACACUUCCUGCGAAGUAGGCGGUACCUCGAGACCUUUGGCUGUACAGCCACCUGCCGCAUUCCAUAAGGUGACUGCUGUACUUGCAACGGGGGAACCCAAGCUAUGGCUCAGCAUCCCAUCCUUUCUUCACUCGCCCUGCUUGCCCCAUGUCAUGUCUACGAAGAAGAAACAACAACAACAACUCGCGGGCGAGCUGUCAACCAUCGAACCCGCCUUUCACGUCCGUCUACUGAAUAUCGGCAGGAGAGCCGGAAUUGGAAUUCCAUCUACCGUAACAACAUUGCAAAUGGAUGUCAAGAUCCUCUCUGACUCACACGGGCCUCGAACAAUAUGUCUGUUCAAGGCCUCCACAAGCACAAGUCUGGAAGAAUUUCCCGCUACCAGCUGCCCAGUUCAAUAUAACACGACCCUCUGGCUUUCUGGCUGCAUCGGCCCUGCUUUGAUUCUGCAGUGCUUGCAGGCAACAGCACGCUUCGGAUCAAAUCAAUCAACCUGGUUCCCGAAGCUUAGCUUGGCAACGAUACUUUCUUGCCAACGGUGCGGCGGUGCACCCCCCAAUAUUGAAUGGGCCACGGGUGGGAUGAAUCUGCAUUCUGUAAUGGAAUCGGAAUCAAAAGUCGACUUCCCAUCAUCACGAGGACGGAAAUGGUAUUCCCGGCUCAAGAUCAAGGCACCGACAGUCAUAUUGACCAUGUUCGAUUUGGGGACAAUCAGGCCGAAAUUCCCGCGAUAG